GAGAAAAGAAAAAAGUGGCUGUGGUUGGAAGAGGCAGCGGCGUUGGCAGGCUGGAGAUUAAAAUUUGUGUGGAGACGGGAGACGAGCUAGGAAACAUCGUUUUAUCCACUCUUAGGCCCUUUGCGUCCCCAGGUCGGUGGACCCUCCUCCAGCGGGAUCGGCUGGGGACAGAGACGGGCACCAGGUGAGACGCGCCCGGUGUGCAGCUGCGCUGCUGGGGGCUCCCGCCGCGGCGGCUCAGAUUUAGCGUGGGUGUAAUUGAAGAAAUAUACCGUGAAGGCAGCAAGCAGGCCCGCAGACCUACGGAGCCCAUUGGCAAUCAAAAGGUGGCGAGUACGGCAGAAAAAACUGAAAUGAUAUGCAGAUGGAGAACAUGCAUUUUGCAGCAUUUAUAGGUAAUCCUACGCAUCUUAUCUCUAAUUGGAAUUUACUGACUGACAAUGGCAGGAAAAAUCUUAGAGAAAUUAGAUGUUCUGGAUGAGCAAGCAAAGAUACUCCUGGCCCGUAGAGCAAAGAAAAACAGGCUUCAGAGUCAAGUAAAGAAAAAGACUUUGGUGACACCCCUGACAUUUGAUUUUCAGUUGGAAUUUGAAGAGCCUGUUGCUACAUCCACACGUAAGACAGUAUCAAAGAUCGCAGAGGACAGAUCAUGUGGCAUUAAGCAAACAAAAAGGUACACCUCCAAAAAUGAGCCUAAACCUAGAAAAGUUGAUUUUGAAAAGUUAAAUGUGAGCCCUCACUUUUUACCAACAAAUAUAAAAAAAAAUCAAGAAAGCAAGUCAACAGCUCAAACUGACAAAAAACCUAGGGAAUCAUUUGAUUUGGUUGGUCACUUAGAAGAUUAUGUAAAUAAAAGAAGAAAAUCUCCUCUGCAGACGAACGAUUCUAGUACAAAAGAAAAUAAAUCCACCACAAAUUACCAAUUAAGUGAGUAUUGUUUAGUUAGAAAGAAAAGCUUGCUCCCCUUGUGCUUCGAGGAUGAAUUGAAAAAGCCAAAUGCCAAGAUAAUCAACAUUAGUCCAGCAAAGACAGUAACUUCUCACAUGGAACAAAAGGACACAAACCCCAUAAUUUUUCAUGAGACUGGAUAUGUACAAAUGUUACUUUUGACAAAAAAUAGGCUUCCUUACCAUCCUAUGGAAAACAGAAACAUUUACCCAUAUAAAAGAACAAAUUUGGUUUUAGAAAGAAAUCGUGAAAUUCUCAAAUCUUUAAUUAGUUAUCAAUCUGUUACUCCUUCUAAACCUAAAGGAGCUCUUUCGACAGAAAGGAGGGAAGGUACACAAGCUGUGCCUUUUGAUGUGCACCAUAGAGCUGCCAAGGAUAACUCAAGGAAGGAAGCUAGUAAGCAGACAUUUGACAACAUAUCCUGGAAUAAACUCUGUAAUUUCUCACAGACUUUUUCCAACAUAACAAAAAAGUUUGUGGGUUUCCUUGAAAAAACUCUUACUCAAGAAAUGAGUGCUAAAACUAGCAAAUUUGGAAGAAUGCUUUCUACAGUAAAACCAGUGAGCAAAUUUAGUGCCUUACCUGUCAAAUAUUGCUCAAAGCCUUUAAAAAAUAAACUCGAAGUCCAUAAGUUAAGUAAUGUAACGCCGCUGGACGAUUUGUUAAACUUGCCAAAUGAAAAUUAAACAGCUCACAAAAUAUUGUGUAUACAGCGAUAUUUGGGUAGCAAGAAGCAAAUCAUGAGUUCCAAGAUCAUGGAAGAAAUUCUUAUCUAAAUAGUAACGUUCUAAUGGAUGGUGUAAGAAAGCAAAGCAUAGAAAUUGGAGUUACAAAUCAACAGUGGUCUGUUCAAGAAAAGCCAACAUUUUUAGUAAAUACAAGGACAAAAUCAGGAAAUAAUUAUCAACAGGAGGAACUUGUUCAUGAACUUUUGUUAUCUCAAUUAGAUUCCUCAGCCAUCAGCAUUCCUACAGUAGAGUCUGUUGGGGACCAAGAAUGGCGUAGACUGAUUUACUACUGGACACCAAAUAACAGUACUACCUUGCUCUGUAAUUGAAUAUCAAAUCUGAUAAAUGUACCUUUGACUUGCUGCAUGUGGAAUUAAUUGUAUAUCUGUAUUUUAGAUAAUAAUUAGAAAAUAGUAUUACAUUAGCAACUCAUGCAAUUAAAAAGUCUUUGUAAAAUUUCAAAUAGCUGUUUGUUAGUAGACGUUGGAACUUCAUUGCUAUAUAAUGCCUUUUCCAAGCAUAACUUUGACUUUUUUCUGAAUUGUUAAAUAAUUUAAAAGAAUAACUCAUCUUUAAUAAGCUAAAUAAUUUUGGCAGCAAAUCCUAUAAAGUAUUGACCAUUUUAAGUAUAUUAUCACAUAGCUAUUUUACUGUUUCUCAUCAACUUCUCAUUAACCCCAACAGCAUAAAGACAGAACUCAACUUAGAAACAAGUUGCAUUUCAAAAGUUCAUUUGUAAUCCAUUUGUUCAAGGACUUUUAAAAAUCUUAAUUGUUAGUGCUUGAAAAGCAUGGGUUUAAUUAGAAGCCUUUCAGUUAAGGGAAGGCUUUGGGGUGUUUUGGAAACUUUCAAAGGUAAGGACGUAACCUUGCUCCGUUUCAUCUGUUUCCACUCCGGACUCCUCCUCCUUCUCCUCCUUCUUCCUUUUCUUCUCCUCCUUCUUAGUGAAAAGAUCCCAAGGUUUGCAUCCUAGGAAAAUAGAAAAAGUAUAAAAUAAACCAAAAGAAUUUAUGAAUAAGAAAUCAGAGAUACUUAAGUAGAAAUAAAAGUAUAGCU